AUGUGCAGCAUCGGCUGCAGUCGCCUGCUUUCUCAGCGGCUUAUUUCUCCUCAUAUUCCUCACUACAAACCUCUGCAUGCACCGCUUCUUCCCCCGCUGCAGCUGCAGCAGCAGCAGCAGCAGCAGCAGCAGCAGCAGCAGCGGCAGCUUCUCCCUACGCAGCAGCAACUGCUGCUGAGGGAUUCAAACGCAUCACCCUCUGCAGACACCGAAGCUGCACAAGCAUCAUGGCGGUCGCCUCCGCCUCGCCUUCACCUGUAUCAUCUGCAGCAGCAGCAGCAGCAGCACCAGCAGCAGCAGCAGCUGCAGCAGGAGCUGCUGCAGCAGCCCCGGCUGGCUGCGUUGCACGGCCCCAGCAGCGUCUUCACUGGGCUGGAUGACGGCUGCUGCGGUGUAUCUGCAGCUUCUUCAGGGGGGAGACACUGGAGCGAGUUGGGGUGUAUGUACACCUCAAUUAGAACAAAAAAGAAAAGAGGAAAAAAAGAAGUUAUAAAAAAAAAUGCAGAACAACUCGAAACUAAAGUCUCGUAA